CAGUGUUAUUCUAUUCCGUAAUUUAGCAUUCGUGUGGUGAUACUGUAAUACUGUUGUUUAUGGCAUCGCUCCUCUACGGUGUCUAUAGGAGCUACAUUUGAGCAAAACUACGCUCAUUCAAACAGGGUGCGAACUGAUUUUACGUCAGCGAGCUAGCUUUACGUGCACACCUAGGAAACGGAAGCUAACGCUAGCAGGCUGCGUUGUGGUUGUAGAGUGACAUUAGCGCUGUUUCCACUAACGUUAGAAUGGGUGAGGAAAUAAGCGACAUCCCCCUUCACACGGGUAGUUUAUCCACGAAUGACACCAAUGUUGAGAAAAACGGCGAAACAGAAAGUGUGAAAUAUUACACAUUAGAAGAAAUACGAGCGCAUAGUUUGAGCAGUGACGCUUGGCUCAUCAUCCACGACAACGUGUAUGACAUCACAAGUUUCGUCGAAGAGCAUCCUGGAGGUGAGGAGGUGUUGCUCGAGCAGGCUGGUUCGGACGCCACAGAGAGCUUUGAGGAUGUGGGUCAUUCUACAGAUGCCAGGGAGAUGCUCCAGCAGUACUACAUUGGGGAGGUGCACAUGGAUGACAGAAAAAAGGAGCAAACAAAGGAUGAAAAUAAGGUGAACUCGGGAGAGUCCAGCAGCUCCUGGACCACAUGGUUGAUAUCUGCGAUUAUAGCAGUUGUAGUUGGUGUCGUGUAUCGUUACUAUGUGUUUGAACACAAGUCGUCUUGAGCUGGCAUCCUGUUUUCAUCUCAUCUUUUUCAUCUGGAGGCCUUGAAAUGUUCGACCAAAAAAACCUCCUCACACUGAGCACAGCACAAAUAGGAAUGUCUGCAUCCUCUGCAACAAGAAAAGGAGGUGAGCAGUUUGAUAAAGUACCGUUGUCCAUCUUCAUAGAGUGCACCAGACAGUUAGUUUUUGGGCAGGUAACUUUAUUAAAUUGUCUGCCUUCAGUUUCUAUGUAUUUAUUUGUCACUGCCUGAUGUCAUUAAUGCUGUCCUUAACUUAAACUUUAUAUGCAUUUUACACAUUUUGGGGUCUUUUUUGUUUACCCAUUUGCCUCCUCAGAAAAAGUCUAUUUUAUCUGCACGGUAUAUAUGCACCAUCAUUUCACUGAUGAGACCGACGGGAAGCAUUUAAUGUUGAGAUGUUGGUAUGCAGAAUGGUGAUAAAAUCAAGGCAAUGGUUGACCACUAUCAUUCUACUUUUUACACUGAGCAUAAUUUCCGAUGCAUUUUCUUUUGGUGACAUUUUUAACUGCUACAUUAGAAUAAGAAUCAGGAGUUUAUUCCAUUCACUCUAUAUUGCACUUUUCUGGUUUUAAAUUGUGUGAUUGCAUUCAUCACAUGGUUGUUAAAGCAUUCUUUACAAUAUGUAAUUGCAAUGUCAAAUCUUUGGUAUUUUAUUACUUAAAUGGUAUCUGUGAUUAUUUAAGUUAGAAUGUGUUCUGACUUGUCUUAUAUUUCUACAGUUCUGUUAUAAGGAAUUUGUGUAAAUGUUCAAACUGCCUGAACCUUAUAUUAAUAUACAUUUAUGUAGUAUGUAAUGCAGUACUAUUUUAUUACCUAGCUUACAAUGAAUGAGUGAAUACCCAUGAAAGAAUAUUGUCUUUCAUUGUAAUGCAUCUUAAUUUUAUUUUUGGGUGAAAGACUUAUGAAUAUAACAAUUUAUACAUGCGACUAGAAAAAGGCAGAUGUUAAAAUGUAGUUGGUUGGGUGUAACAAUAUAUAUUUUCCAUCUCUCAAUUGUCAUUUCCUGUCAUUCGUGUCUUUGAAUAAAAUUAUUUUCAAAAAUUGGAA